AUGCCCGGGCUGCGCCGGGACCGCCUGCUGACCCUGCUGCUGCUGGGCGCGCUGCUGGCCGCCGAUCUCUACUUCCACCUCGGGCCCCGCGUGCGGCGCCGCCUGCAGCCCCGGGAGCGCCCGCUCGGCUGCCCGUGCGCCCGCCGCGCCGCCUCCCCGGACCCCGCCCCGGCCCCCUCGGCCCCGCGGCGGGUCGAGCCGGGCGGCGGCGGCGACCCCGGCUCCAAGCUGCAGGCCCUCUUCGCGCACCCGCUGUACAACCAGCCGGAGGAGCCGCCGCUCCUGGGGCCCGAAGACUCGCUGCUGGCCGGCCCGGAGGCGCUGCGCUACUACCGGAGGAAGGUGGCCCGCUGGAACAGACGACGAAGGAUGUACAAAGAGCAGCUGAACCUCACGUCCCCGGAACCCCCAGUGCAGCUCCACCAGGAGGCCAGCUGGGUCCAGUUCCACCUGGGGAUCAACCGCCACGGCCUGUACCCCCGGUCCAGCCCUGUCGUCAGCAAACUCCUCCAGGACAUGAGGGACUUCCCCACCAUCAGUGCUGAUUACAGUCAGGACGAGAAAGCCCUGCUUGGAGCCUGCGACUGCUCCCAGAUCGUGAAACCCAGUGGCGUCCACCUCAAACUGGUUCUGAGGUUCUCGGACUUCGGGAAGGCCAUGUUCAAACCGAUGAGACAGCAACGAGACGAAGAGACGCCUGAGGACUUCUUCUAUUUCAUCGACUUUCAGAGACACAACGCGGAGAUCGCCGCUUUCCACCUGGACAGGAUUCUGGACUUCCGGCGGGUGCCACCGACUGUGGGCAGGCUGGUCAACAUCACCAAGGAGAUCCUGGAGGUGACCAGGAACGAGAUCCUGCAGAGCGUGUUCUUCGUCUCUCCAGCCAGCAACGUGUGCUUCUUCGCCAAGUGUCCGUACAUGUGCAAGACGGAAUACGCCGUGUGCGGCAACCCGCACCUGCUGGAGGGCUCCCUGUCCGCCUUCCUGCCGUCCCUCAACCUGGCCCCACGGCUCUCCGUGCCCAAUCCCUGGAUCCGCUCCUACUCGCUGGCAGGCAGAGAGGAGUGGGAGGUCAACCCCCUCUACUGCACCACGGUGAAGCAGCUGUACCCCCAAGGCAGCAGCGACCGCCUUCUCAACAUCAUCGACAUGGCCAUCUUCGACUUCCUGACCGGCAACAUGGACCGGCACCACUACGAGAUGUUCACCAGGUUCGGGGACGACGGGUUCCUGAUCCACCUGGACAACGCCCGGGGGUUUGGCCGGCACUCCCAUGACGAGGUCUCCAUCCUGGCGCCGCUCUUCCAGUGCUGCCGGAUAAAGAGGAAGACGCUCCUGCACCUGCAGCUGCUGGCCCAGGCCGAGUACAGGCUCAGCGACGUGAUGCGCGAGUCGCUGCUGGAGGACCAGCUCAGCCCCGUGCUCACGGAGCCCCACCUCCUCGCCCUGGACCGCAGGCUGCAGACCGUCCUCAGGACCGUACAGGACUGCAUCGAGGCCCACGGGGAGCAGAGCGUGGUGGCCGACGGCCCCCUGGGACAGUGGGCCCCAGACUCCAGCAGGGCUAACGCGACGAGCUAGGGGCCAGAGGAGGCACCCCCCGGAAACUGGACCGGAGCUGCGGUGGACUCCGAGUGUGGGCCACCGCUUCCCCGGGGUCCCCAUCCAGGCUGAGGCCUGGGUCAGGAGCUCACGAGGCAGGCAGGGCGAGGGGAUGAUUCUGAAAGAGCGGAAGUGCGACCCAGUGAGCCUCCCUCCUUGGAGCACUGGCCUGGCUCCCCUCCCCGGGGAAGCUCUGCUCCAUCAAGGCCACAGACACCUGCUGAGCCCACCGGGAACCUGGACAUGGGUCUGGCCUGGAACAGCAUUAACUGUCUGUCACAAAUAAAAUGACAGGACAUCA